CCGUCAUUUCGUGGCGUGUUGUAUGUUUGUGUGUGUGGUAGUUCUUAAAUAAACGACUGUGAACAUGAAGCUAGCUUUUAUUGCUGCUGCCGGUGGCCUGAAGUGAUUCGCUGGAUGGGAAAGUGCUCCAUAGGCGGCUAAGAAGCUAACCAUAAUCAUGCCUCUCACUGUAGGGGGAAGGCUUGCUGGUAGAAACGUAACGAGCCUCUUUCUUCUGCUCGCCGUCUCCUUCGUGUUGUCGGUCGGAGUUACUGCUAUUCCGGAGGAGCAAAAGCCUGUGCAAGAGCAGGCCACGAUUUUGAAGACCUCCAGUUCUAACCUUGCGGUCCCGGUGGUGAGAGAAGAUGACUCCAGCAAAGCAAACCUGGGGUUUAUCCAUGCCUUUGUGGCCUCCAUCUCCGUCAUCAUUGUGUCAGAGUUGGGAGAUAAGACUUUCUUCAUCGCUGCCAUCAUGGCCAUGCGGUACAACCGGCUCACCGUGCUGGCAGGUGCCAUGCUGGCCCUGGGGCUCAUGACCUGCCUGUCUGUACUGUUUGGGUACGCCACCACCAUCAUCCCCAGGAUCUACACCUACUACGUGUCCACCGCCCUUUUCGCCAUCUUCGGCAUACGCAUGCUGAGGGAGGGGCUCCGGAUGAGUCCCGAUGAGGGCCAGGAGGAGCUGGAGGAGGUGCAGGCAGAGAUCAAGAAGAAGGACGAAGAGCUGCAGCGCUCCAAGCUGGUCAACGGGGCUCCAGACGUGGAGGCGGGGACCGGCGCCACCUCGCCCCCGUCGUCCAAGUGGCACAGCGUCAUCUCACCUAUCUUCAUCCAGGCGCUCACCCUCACUUUCCUCGCAGAGUGGGGGGAUCGCUCACAGCUGACCACCAUCAUCCUGGCUGCCCGAGAGGAUCCGUUCGGAGUGGCUGUAGGAGGCACGCUGGGUCAUUGCUUGUGUACAGGCCUGGCUGUGAUUGGAGGGAGGAUGAUUGCACAGAAGAUCUCUGUCAGGACAGUCACAAUCAUCGGAGGGAUCGUGUUCCUGGCCUUCGCCUUCUCCGCCCUCUUCAUCAAACCAGACGCUGGACUGUGAGAGACGGCAUCCUGAAAAGACUCUUUAGCGUGUACAUACGUGUUCAAGUGUAUGUUAGUUGCUGUAGAGAGAUUGCCAACUGCUGUGGAGACAGAACAGAAAGUAUCGUCCUUCCUUUCUGCUACCUCUUGGAGCUCAAAGCAUCAUGGGAAAUGGAGAUGCAACCACACAGGUACAUGUUGUUUUUUUGGUUACUAAACGCUUGGACCCACAUGUUAGAGGCACAGUCCUUUCCUCACAGCCUUUUUUCUCUUCAUUUUAAACGUGUUACUCAACAGUAGCUUCUUUGGUGAUCUUUUAAUUCAUGCUUUCCUGUCGAUGUACGAUUGAACCUGUUUCCUUUAUUUCUGUUACUGUUUGCUGAUACUGUACAUAGCGCUCACUUCACUCCAGUUUUAAUUUAAAAUGAUCUAUUUAUUUAGUGUCAUUUCCCAUUGUUUUUAAGCCCAAAGAGUUUCAGAGAUUGGAGGGUGAGAGGUCAUGAGGAAAUAUUUUUCUAAAUGUUUUACUGUGUGCGCUCAGCUGGGAAAGGUUCACAGCUCUGUUUGCAAUAACUAAUGAUUGACCAGAUUGAAUGCCUUUAAGUGGAAAUGCUCAAUAAAAAAUGUUUUCUUGUG